ACACGCUGGUCACUGGGCAGAGGCUCGGAGACAUAUGAAAGUCAUCUGGCUGGACAGGAGGUCCGAAUAGAGAAAGUCGCCUUCAUCAUGAUCGUGUACGUGCGGUUCAACUCUAGUCAUGGGUUCCCGGUGGAGCUGGAGGGGGAGUCCAGUGUGGCGGAACUCAAACAGGAAGUGGGUCGUCUGCAGGGGGUGGAGCCUAACCACCUGCGCGUCAUCUUCGCCGGGAGAGAGCUGCAGAGUGACAGCACACUACAGGGCUGCGAUCUCCCAGAGCAGAGUACGGUGCAUGUGGUGCUGCCCCCUGCUGGUGGUGGUGGGCGUAGCGGGCUGGUGGUGCAGCAGCGUUUGGGGGGAGUGGAGCGCCUGACUCGCCUGGACCUCAGCGCCUCCAGACUGCACACCAGCAACGCCGGCCUGGCCGUCAUACUGGAGGACAGCUCCCUCACACACACAGAACCCAAGCCUCACAGUAGCUUCUUCGUGUUCUGUAAGAGUGUGUGUAAGGCCAUCCAGCCAGGCAAGCUACGUGUGCGCUGCAAAGCCUGCAAACAGGGAACCCUAACACUCAGCAGGGGUCCGUCGUGCUGGGACGAUGUUCUUCUUCCUGAUCGUAUCCAUGGGGUGUGUCAGUCUCAGGAGUGUGAAGGCAGACUAGCGGAGUUCUAUCUGAAGUGUGCGUCCCACCCCACGUGUGACGAGGACACGUCUGUAGCCCUCGACCUCAUCAUGCCCAACGUCAGAGCCGUCCCCUGCAUCGCCUGCACAGACCUCAUGAGUCCAGUUCUGGUGUCCCAGUGUUCUGAUCGGCACGUCAUCUGCCUGGAGUGCUUCCACAUGUACUGCGUCACGCGCCUCAACGAGCGCCAGUUCAUACACACACCUGAGAUCGGAUACUCCCUACCCUGCGCAGCUGGGUGUCCAGACUCUCUGAUCAAAGAGACGCAUCACUUCCAUGUUCUUGGAGAGGAACAGUAUGAGCGGUACCAGCGCUACGCUACGGAGGAGUGUGUGUUGGGGAUGGGGGGUGUGUUGUGUCCAGCGGCGGGCUGUGGGGCCGGUCUGCUGCCACAGGACGACCGCAGGAGGGUGCAGUGUGAGCUGGCCGAGACUGGCUGUGGGUUUGUGUUCUGUCGUGACUGUAAGGAGGAGUACCAUGAGGGGCCGUGUCAGCAGCAGUGGGCCCCGACAACAGGAAACACACCUCAGGGUUACGUGGUGGAUGAAGAGGCAGCUCUGCGGGCUCGCUGGGAUCAGGCCUCUCAGCAGACCAUAGUGGAGACCACACGGCCCUGUCCCAAGUGCAGAGUGCCCAUCGAGAAGAGUGGUGGGUGUAUGCACAUGGUGUGCCCCAGAGCCUCGUGCAAGUUUGAGUGGUGCUGGAUCUGCCGUGUGGAGUGGAACAGGGAGUGUAUGGGCAACCACUGGUUCGGAUGACAACCAACCUCAUCUGGCAACAUCCAGCGCUGUGAAGCUACACCGUCUGGCAACAUACAGCACUGUGCAUGACAUAGCUACCCUAUCUGGCAACCUUUAGAAUAUCACAACACAAAUCUACCCUAUCUGGCAACCUUUAGAAUAUCACAACACAAAUCUACCCUAUCUGGCAACCUUUAGAAUAUCACAACACAAAUCUACCCUAUCUGGCAAGCUUUAGAAUGCCACAACACACAGCUACCCAAUUUGGCAACAUGCGCAUUACACAGAUACCCUAUCUGGCAACCUUUAGAAUACCACAACACACAGAUACCCCAACUGGCAACCUUUAGAGUAGCGCAACACACAUCUAACCUAUCUGGCAACACACAGAGCUGCGCAUUACACAGAUACCCUAUCUGGCAACCUUUAGAUGACCACAACACACAGAUACCCUAUCUGGCAACCCUUAGAAUAUCACAACACACAGAUACCCCAUCUGGCAACCCUUAGAAUAUCACAACACACAGCUAUCCUAUCUGGCAACACACAGCGCUGUGCAUUACACAGCUACCCUAUCUGGCAACCCUUAGAGCAUCACAGCACACUGCAGUUCUGGCCUGGUCACAUGAUGCUUAGGAGAAGAGUACUCUCACACUGCCAGUUUGAUGAGUUAAGAUGAAUCCCCAUAAAACACAUACAAUAAACACACACACACACACACACGCACACACACACACACACGACAAUCAUCCUUUGUUAACUGUGACGGCCCAAGAAGGCAAGGUACGGCAAAUGUAUUUAUAAAUAUUUCUGAGCAGUGAUGAUGUUUAAAGAUGACUGUAGUCUGUAGAGCAGCACAGUAGUUGGGACUCUUCUGAUAUGAAUCAUGGUGGUGUGUGUGUGUGUGUGUGUGUGUGUGUGUGUGUGUGUGUGCGUUCGUGGUGUGUGUGUGUGUGUGUGUGUGUGUG